CCGAAUGCUUUGUUAAAUCAUCACAUGCCAGUGGCCACAACCUACGCAUACAACUCAAUAAAUACGUUUGUUUUUAAGCACGUAUAUGCCGGUACUCGAUUGCUAUAGACUUGAGCGAAGAUGGCUGAGCCGACGGAUAAUGUUACAAUUCCGCAGUUCAGCACCCUUCUACAAAUGGAUCCGUAUCUGAAACCGUUUGAAAAGGACUUCAAGAGGAGGUAUGCGCUGUUCCAGAAGUGUCUUUUCCAGCUGGAGGAGGCCGAGAGCGGCUUUGAUCAGUUCACACGCAGCUACCAGAGUUUCGGGGUGCAGCGGCAGGCGAACAACGGGCUGAUCUUUAAAGAGUGGGCCCCUGCUGCUGAGGCUCUCUUCCUGACCGGAGAUUUCAAUGGCUGGGACAACUUCUCUCACCCAUACAAGAAAAAAGAAUACGGAAAAUGGGAGCUCUACAUCCCCCCGAAAGAGGACAAGUCACCGGCCGUGGCUCACCUGUCCAAGCUGAAGGUAGUUGUCCACACCAGAACAGGGGAGCGACUGUAUCGGAUUUCUCCCUGGGCGAAGUACGUGACCAAGACGGGAGAUUCCGUCAUCUAUGACUGGGUGCACUGGGACCCCCCUCACCCCUACCUGCACAUUCACCCGCGCCCCAAGAAGCCCAGGAGCCUGCGGAUUUACGAGUCCCAUGUGGGGAUAGCCUCGCCGGAGGCCAAGGUCGCCUCCUACACCAACUUCACCGUCAACGUGCUGCCGAAGAUCAAGGACCUCGGUUAUAACUGCAUACAGCUGAUGGCCAUUAUGGAGCACGCCUACUACGCCAGCUUUGGCUACCAAAUCACCAGCUUCUUUGCUGCAUCCAGCCGCUACGGGACUCCUGAGGAGCUGAAGCAGCUCAUCGACGUGGCCCACUCCCUGGGGAUCAUCGUGCUCCUGGACGUGGUCCACAGCCACGCGUCCCAGAACACUGAGGACGGCCUCAACAAGUUCGACGGCAGCGACUCCUGCUUCUUCCACUCGCCCCCCCGGGGGGAACACAAACAGUGGGACAGCAGACUCUUCAACUACUCCAGCUGGGAGGUGCAGCGUUUCCUGCUGUCUAAUCUGCGCUGGUGGAUGGAGGAGUAUCGCUUUGACGGCUUCAGGUUCGACGGCGUGACCUCCAUGCUUUAUCACCACCAUGGCCUCGGCACUGGGUUUUCAGGAGACUACUCUGAGUACUUUGGUCUGCAGGUGGAUGAGGACUCUGUCGUCUAUCUGAUGGUGGCCAACCACAUCCUGCACACACUGUAUCCUGACUGCAUCACCAUUGCAGAGGAUGUAUCCGGGAUGCCAGGGCUCUGCCGAGCCGUCACCGAAGGAGGGUGUGGCUUCGACUACCGCCUGGCCAUGGCCAUUCCAGACAAGUGGAUCCAGAUCCUGAAGGAGUACAAGGACGAGGAGUGGAACAUGGGCAAUAUCGUGUACACGCUGACCAACCGUCGCUACGGGGAGAACUGCAUCGCAUACGCCGAGAGCCACGACCAGGCGCUGGUGGGGGAUAAGACCCUGGCCUUCUGGCUGAUGGACAAGGAGAUGUACACCAACAUGAGCUCCCUCAUCCCCAUGACGCCCGUCAUCGACCGGGGCAUCCAGCUGCACAAGAUGAUCCGCCUCAUCACCCACGGCCUGGGAGGGGAGGGCUACCUCAACUUCAUGGGCAACGAGUUUGGCCACCCCGAGUGGCUGGACUUCCCCCGGAAGGGAAACAACGAGAGUUACCACUACGCCCGGCGGCAGUACAACCUGCUGGACACCGGCAACCUGCGCUACGCCCAGCUGUACGCCUUCGACCGCGAGAUGCACCGCACCGAGGACAAGUACGGCUGGCUGGCGGCCCCUCCGGCCUUCGUCAGCGCCCGGCACGAGGGGGACAAGGUGAUCGUCUUCGAGAGGGCCAACGUCAUCUUCGUCUUCAACUUCCACCCCACCAACAGCUACAACGACUACAGGGUGGCAGUCACCUCGCCCGGGAAAUACAAAAUCAAGCUGGACACGGAUGAGGUUCAGUUCGGGGGUCACGGAAGGCUGGACCACAACACCGAGUUCUUCACCGAAGCUGUGCCGUUCAACGACCGGCCCCACUCCAUGAUGGUGUACCUCCCGUGCAGGACCGCGCUGGUCCUGGCCAACGAGGAGAUUGACUACUGCUACUGAAGCCCGGCGGACUCUGUGAACGAGGGAGCCGGCGCGGACGGCCAGUUUAAGCGUCAGCUCCCCAUAUUCUCAUAUUCCUCUGCGCAGUCUCUGAGUGCUCUUCUACAGCAAUUACACCGUUUCACCUGACACACACCGAUUCAGCCAGGGAAAGAUUUGCUCUUCCAAACACCUGUCUGAAAAUAUUUCUGUCAUGCGACACCCUCCCCCUCCCCCCUCCCUCACCCGUCCUCUUAAAAGCAGCUUCAUCUCUGAAAUAUAGAAAUAUUCCUCCUACACAUAUGCCUUCAGCAGCUACAUUUAUUCCCCCUACCACACAUUAUAAUGGAGAGCAUACUGUGAGAUGCAGUGAUGUCACAUCGUUAUGGUUAGCUUCAUCAGAAUAUUAGGACCUUCCCCACCCCAAUCAUUGUGGGCACAUCGUCCAGUUAGAUCUUGAAAAAAUAAAAAAAUACAGUAUUUCCUUAAAAAAAAAAGUACUUGAUUUUGAAAGAUGACGAACCAUCGAGUGACAUUCAUUUUAAUUUUUAAACACAUGCACUUUGAAAGAAUUUAUAUUUGUAUUUAUACAUUUAUGUUUGAUGUGUUCUAACCUAGCAUAGAAAUUGUUUGUCAUAUUUAAUUUUUUCAGCAAAAAAAAAGAAGAAAAAAUAGAAAACAGAAGAGAAUAGAGUAUGAGGUGAAGUAUUGCACUAGAGCGUGGCGGGGAAGACCCCAGGAAUGCUGGGUGAUUUUGAAGUCUGCCGAUUUUACGUGUGAGACCGCUUCAGGGACAGGAAGCUGACUGGCAGACAAUGGCAGCCUUACAGCGCUUGGAAAGCUUCGUAGCUCAUCUUACUGUACAGGUUCACAUUUUCAGUUCGGGUGUGUAUUAAUUCCAUGAUAAAGACACUGGGAUUUAAUGUUAUUUAUUCACAAUGAGUAAUAAUAUAUGUGAUUUUUGUUUCGAUGUUGUACGUGAGUCCCCAUGUAUGAAGCUGAACUGAAAAUGUGUCUAUGUGCGUAGUAAAUGCGUAGUUCCGUGGUCAUUAUGAUGUGGCCAACCAGAAGCCGUCAGAGAGGUUAAGGGGGGGCUUGUUCGGUAUGUGAGGAGGGCUCUCCCACAGCUUAUGUCCUGUCAUAGUCUAGUCAUUCUGGUCUCAAAAGCUGACCAAUAAAAUCUAUUAAUGAGGACUGAAGGCUGAAGACAGAGACCCAACAGACCAAUCACCCGUUCUAGCCCAUCAUGUAGCCACACCCCCCAUUUAAACCUUGCUCCCCAUCCUGAUAAAGCAGAAUAUAAAUUUUCCUCAUCCUUACAUCAAGUAUAACAUGCUUUUCUUACAAAUUUGCCAGCAAGCUACAGGUUAUGAAUCACAGAGGCUAAACAACAAAGGCUAAAUUAAUGUCCCCCCUUUUUUCCCCCAAUUAUGCUAUUCCUCUCUAUACGAUCUGACGAUUUUCUCUGUCAAGCAUUGACUAAGUUUACCUUACGCCUCCUCCUACAUUUCCUGUACUUUGCAGAUAAUUUGCGGCUUGUUCCGAAUGUAAAAAAAAAAAAAAAAAAAUCUGGAACGCUCUCUCCAAGUGUAUUGCCAUUCAAAGAUGCCAGGAAUGUUGCUAUGGAGAUUCCUACUUUAGCAGAUUUGGCUCGUAAACAUGAACCAGCCUAAUAAGGCAGCGAGUUUUCCAGCGCAUGAGAACAAACUCCAGUUAUUCAGUACAGGGACACUGUUCCUCAGUACUGUGUAUGCUGGGGUGAAACUGUGGUAAAAAAAACAGGCCUAUGGUAGGCUAUACUGUAUUUGUUCGUUUUUAAUCUUCGUUUUUAACUCUCUCUCCUAUUUUCCCCUCCCUCAAAUCAUCAUGUGUAGCAAAAAAUUCAGACAGCUGUGUGCACAGUGGCAUUGUGUUUUGUUUCUGGUUCCCAAGUGUAAGUUAAACUUGUCUGAAAUGUGAUUGCUGUUGAAAAAAUAUUAAAGCCUCUGACUGUC